GAUACGAACACAUCAGCCUUAUUUCCAUAUCCCUUUCAACCCUCGAGCCAUUUUUUCCGUUAUUCCGAUCGUGUGAACACGUUACCAAUCGAGAAAACGAGAGAAGUGCAUUUCACUUUAUUUUCUACGAACAAUCGAGUGUUGAUAGUGGUGUGAGCCUUUAAACAUUGUGAAAAAUACAAAUUCAUUGUUGUAUUUAAUAACUACUCAGUGAAGUGAGUACGUACAAAUCUGUUGUCUCCCGAUACCCAGGAUUACUGGGGGGCAACUUAGUAUUGUCGUACAAUUAUUCGAUUUUGUUGAUUAAAUAAAUCGAAAAUGCUCGUUGACGAGAUGCCAAGGAGCUUCGUUAAGAAGAACAACAGCUACAGCCAUUGUCCGCUCAAAAAGCGGCCAGUGCAUGUGAUGCUGUACGACGAAGUACCAGAAUCAGUAAAAGAUGAAAUAAUUGAUGUAGUAACGGACGACAUCCCAGAGCCAGAGAAUCUCAGCACAAAGCCAGAGGAUCUCAGCAGAUCAGCUCCAAAGCGUCGUUCAGUCUCCCGAUCUCCAUCCCCAGUGCCUCACAAACAGCCCCACCUUGAGCACCACCCAAUCCACCCAUCCCCAGUGAAUCAUUAUCCAUCAAAACCGAUAACUCCACCCGUCGGCAUAGCCCCGAUUCAUCCACUCGUUAAAAAAGAGCGUGUCGAAGUGAUUCAACAUGACGGCGGUGCAGUGUCAACGGGUUCACUCCACUUCAUGUCGACGAAGACACCCUUGGAGCCAUUGAACUUGAAUACACCAGUGGAACCAGUCACCCACUAUGCAACACCAGCUUGGGCAAGAGCAGCGCCACUCUAUCCACCACACUACCUACCAUAUCCAGCUUAUCGUUUCCAUCAUCAUCCAGGAGCUGAGUUGUACCCAGCGUAUCCACUGCCAGCAUAUCCACACUCAUCGCCAGAGCAUGCAUCAGCUUCACCACCACCACUUCAACACACAGCCUUGACAUGUCCAACGAUCCAACGACCAAUUGCCAGGAGUUAUGCACACUGGGCAGCAUCAUCGAGUCCAGAUCACUGCGGGCUAUCACCAACGAGUUCAGUGGGUUAUUCCUCUCUGAGAUCACCACCACCCGUGACACCUGAGGACCUUUCCUCACCGGGAAGUGACAGUGGUAGAUCCUCAGCUGGAAGCACCUCAGCAGGUUCGACAAUUCUAAUGAAAAUGGACAGCCCCAUCAACACGAGCCCCAUCAACACCUCCAGUCCAACCAAUACGACAAGCGCAUCAUCACCGAGAUAUCAGUGCCCAGACUGCGGUAAAUCAUACUCCACGUACUCGGGCUUGUCCAAGCAUCAGCAAUUUCAUUGUGCAGCUGCUGAGGGACAGACGAAGAAAUCCUUCUCGUGCAAGUACUGCGAGAAAGUUUACGUGAGUCUUGGUGCUCUCAAGAUGCACAUCAGGACCCACACUCUACCGUGCAAGUGCCAUCUCUGUGGAAAGGCCUUCUCCAGGCCUUGGCUACUCCAGGGACACAUCAGGACACACACCGGGGAGAAACCCUUCAGCUGUCAGCACUGCAAUCGUGCGUUCGCUGAUAGGAGCAAUCUCAGGGCUCAUCUCCAGACACACAGCGAUGUCAAGAAGUACUCGUGCACUUCAUGCAGCAAAACAUUCAGCAGAAUGUCACUGCUAACGAAGCAUCAGGAGGGCGGAUGUCCCGGUAUGAAUGUUCCCAUUGGUUAUGGCUGUUGAAAAGUGAAAAUAUUCGUUCGGAGUGCCUUAACGUUGAAUCGUUCGAUAGACUGAAUUUACGAGGAGUACAAAUAUUAAUAUAUUUACUAUUUUAUUGUAAAUGCGAUGGGUGUUAAUGAGAAAAUUGAGAUUUUCUUAGGGACGAGAUAUCGAGCUAAUCGGGAUUUUUCUUUUUUUAUUUUGUACUUAUUACGGGGUCGAGUUUUUUCAUGGAGUUUUUUUAUCUUUUCAUAUUUUUCAUUUUCAACAUGGUUUUAUAUGGAAAAUCGUGACACCGCUCGAUGCGGUACCGUGAAACUUUAGUGCCAUGAUUUGAAUUUUUUUUAUACCUUUCAGUUCCAUUCCUAUUUCGCUUAUUAAUUUAUAUCUAGGAUUAAUUGUAAUAUCGUUAAGUUGGCCGAGACAGCACUCAAGUGUACAUAAUGUUUUCGACAGGCCAUAUGCGUUCUUAAGUAUCUGAAGAAAAAAAAAAAUUAUUUCUUUUCGAUUGAGUUACUCGAACAUACUAGUCAUUGUACAUAAACACAAAGAUAACAGAGUGUGUGUUUGGCGUGUGUGCGCAGAGAGUGUAAAGAGUCAAUUAAAAUUGGAGAAUCAGAUUGAAAUCCGAUUUUAGAGAUAUAUUGCGCGGACUCAGGGCGAGUACCACUAUAAUUUUUAUAUAAGAGGUUUUUGUAAAGAAAGUAAAUAUAAACAGGAGAGUACA